AUGGUUCAAUCGUCUGUGCUAGGGUUUCCAAGAAUUGGUGGUAAUAGAGAAUUGAAGAAGGUGACGGAGGCUUAUUGGAGUGGUAAGGUGUCUGAGGAUGAGUUGCUCAGGGUUGGUAAAGAGAUCAGGGAACACAAUUGGAGGUUGCAACAGGACGCUGGUGUUGAUAUUAUCCCAUCUAAUGAUUUUUCGUAUUACGAUCAGGUGUUGGAUUUGUCUUUGUUGUUUAACGUGAUUCCCGACCAGUAUGCGCAACAUGAUUUGUCUGAAAUUGAUACUUUGUUUGCUAUGGGGCGUGGUCUACAAAGAGGUGAGAGUGAAGGAGUCGCAGCGGUUGAUGUGACUGCGUUGGAGAUGGUUAAAUGGUUUGAUUCUAAUUACCAUUAUGUGAGACCCACAUUUUCCAACUCUACUGAAUUUCGCUUAAACGGGCAGAAGCCUGUGGAUGAAUACUUAGAGGCGAAGGAGCUUGGAAUUGAGACCAGACCAGUUUUGCUUGGUCCAGUUUCGUUCUUGCACUUGGGUAAAGCUGAGAGGGAGUCUGCUGAUUUGGAUCUGAUAUCGUUAUUGCCAAAUCUAUUGCAGGUGUAUGUGGAGCUUUUGCAGAAAUUGGCUGAGGCAGGCGUAGAAUCUGUUCAGUUGGAUGAGCCCGUUUUGGUGUUGGAUUUGCCGGAGAAUGUCCAGGACGCGUAUAAGACCGCUUAUGAGGCUUUUUCUAAUGAAGAAGGGCUCCCAAAAAUUAUAUUGACUACUUAUUUUGGUACCGUUACCCCUAACUUGAGAGCCAUUGAGAAUUUGCCUGUGGAUGGUUUCCAUUUUGACUUUGUUAGAAACCCAGAGCAAUUUGAAGAGGUCGUUGAUUUGUUGAAUGAAAAUCAAACUUUGUCUGUUGGUAUUGUUGACGGUAGAAACAUCUGGAAGAAUGACUUUGCAAAAUCAUCCGAAUUUGUGAGAAAGGCAAUUGACCAAUUAGGCGAGGACCGUGUUAUUGUCUCCACCUCUUCGUCUCUGCUCCACACCCCAGUUGACCUGGAGAACGAGAGGAAAUUAGACGAUGAAGUUAAAGAUUGGUUUUCUUUUGCUGCGCAGAAGCUAAACGAAGUUGUUAUUAUAGCCAAGAACGUUUCUGGUGAGGAUGUUAGUGAGGAGUUAGAAUCCAAUGCUGCUUCAAUUGCUGCAAGGGCCGCCUCUUCUAUUACCCACGACCCUUCUGUUCAAGAGAGAAUCGGUCAGCUCAACCAAGCUACAUCUACUAGAUCGUCUCCUUUUGAAGACAGAUUGGCAAAACAGCAGGAGUCAUUGAACUUGCCAUUGCUCCCUACCACCACCAUUGGUUCAUUCCCACAAACUAAGGACAUUAGAGUGAACAGAAACAAGUUUAACAAGGGCGAAAUUUCCGCUGAAGAGUAUGAGAACUUCAUCAACUCUGAAAUUGAGAAGGUCAUAAGAUUCCAAGAAGAAGUUGGUUUAGAUGUUUUGGUUCACGGUGAACCGGAAAGAAAUGAUAUGGUUCAGUACUUUGCUGAGAAGAUCAAUGGGUACGUGUUCACAACGAAUGCUUGGGUUCAAUCUUAUGGUUCUCGUUACGUCAGACCACCAAUUAUUGUCGGUGACUUGUCCAGACCAGAAGCUAUGUCUGUUAAGGAGACUGUAUAUGCACAAUCAAUCACCACAAAACCGGUAAAAGGUAUUUUAACCGGCCCUGUUACCUGUUUGAGAUGGUCGUUCCCAAGAAAUGACAUUGACCAAAAGAUCCAGGCUUUACAAUUGGCGCUUGCCAUUAGGGAUGAAGUCACCGAUUUGGAAGCCGCUGGAAUUAAGGUUAUCCAGGUUGACGAACCAGCUCUUAGAGAGGGAUUGCCUCUAAGAGAUGGCCAGGAAAGAGCCGACUACUUCAACUGGGCCGCAGAAGCCUUCAGAGUCGCCACUUCUGGUGUUUCUGACCAAACUCAAAUCCACUCUCAUUUCUGCUAUUCUGACUUCGACCCCAACCACGUUAGAGCCUUGGAUGCUGAUGUUGUAUCCAUUGAGUUCUCCAAGAAGGACGAUCCAAACUAUAUUGCUCAGUUCCAAUCAUAUCCAAACCAUAUCGGUUUGGGAUUGUUUGACAUCCACUCCCCAAGAGUGCCACCUAAAGAGGAGUUCAUUGAAAAGAUUGGAACUAUCUUAGGCUCCUACCCACCUGAAAAGUUCUGGAUUAACCCAGACUGUGGUUUGAAAACCAGAGGAUGGGAUGAAACAAGUGCUUCUCUACAUAACAUGGUUGAAGCUGCCAAGCACUUCCGUGAACACUACUCCCAAGACCAAGAGUAA